AUGUCCCUUAAAGCCAUUCCAUUAACCAACGCUCCUUUUGGUGCUACCAUCCAGCUUCCCCAAGAUGCCACCGAUCCAUCGUUACUUGGGCAGGAGGAUUUCGAUUUAUUGGAAAAAGCCCUUCACACUUACAAAGUCAUUGUCAUCCCAGACCAAAAGAACCUCAGCCCACGCUCGCAAUAUGUUCUUACCACCCGUUUUGAUGAGACUUGUGAUAAGGAAGGCAAAAGCUAUGGGCAUGGGAAGACUUUCCGUCACAAAGAUUCGGUGCUUAAGAAGGAUGGUCACACCGUUCCAUCUCAACCACAAGUCCAAAUUAUUGGAAAUGGUCAUUGGGAAGAAGAUAAUGGCCUUAAAGAUUUCGACCUCACCCAGCCUUCCCAGCGCACUUUCCACAAGGAUACCUUGACUGAUGAACAAACUGCCGCUGGCCAAACCCGUUUCUACAGAUGGCAUAUUGACUCAGCUCUUUAUGAGCUUUCUCCUCCAAAAUGUACUACUUUGCUCGGUAUUCAUGUUCCUGGUGCGGAUGAGCAACAGAAGAUUGUUUACGAGGACACAAAAGAAGAAUUUUCUUUGACAAAAGGUGCCACCGCUUUUAUUUCUGGUGCAAUUGCUUUUAAUCUCCUUUCCAAAGGAGACCAGGAACUCGCCAUGAACACCACUGUUGUCUACGCUCCUCAUCCUUACAUUUUCAUUGGCCGUUCCAAGGCAACUAGUGAUGGUUUGACUAUGGUUUCUGAGGGUAAGGAACUUUCCUUUGAUGAGCUCCCAGAAUGGGAAGAAUCUAAGGUUAAGAAAUUGCCUCUUGUAUGGACUGAUCCAAUCACUGGUGAACAUUCGUUGCAAGUACAUGGUUGUUGCAUCUUCAACUUGGUUCGUAACAAGACUGGAGAACGUCUUGGAUUGGAAGAAUCUCGUCAAGAAGUGUAUCGUUUGAUGAGACCUGCUAUUGCUCCAAAACAUGUUUAUGCUCACUCAUGGACUGCUGGGGACUUGGUUCUUUUCUCCAACAGACAGUUAUGGCAUAGCGUUACUGGUGAGUUUUCUAAAGAUGACAAGAGACUCAUGCAUCAAUGUAAUAUUGCUUCUGGUGAAGAUCCUGUUUGUGAGGGCCAUCCGGUAGCGUCUGAUAUUAAAGUAAGAAAUGUUUAA